AUGGUAACUGCAAGGCAGUCAUUCUCUGUGAAUCUGAGUGCUAUAGCAUCGGAGUACUUAUCUUUGUCUGCCAUUUCUACACCAGGAUUUGUAAAAAGAUCAAACACAAGCAGCUCCUAUAGUUUGAUCUUACUAUUCUAUCUGGUAUUUUAUGGCUUCCUAGCAGCACUCUUCACAUUCACAAUGUGGGUUAUGCUUCAGACACUGAGCAGUGAUAUACCGAAAUAUCGUGACCGGAUUUCUAGUCCAGGACUCAUGAUUUCACCAAAGCCAGACACUGCAUUGGAAUUUUACUUUAACAAGAGUGACGCCCAGUCAUAUGCAGAAUAUGUUUCUACACUUAGAAAAUUUCUUGAAUCAUAUGAUGAUUCAAAGCAAUCUCAAAACAUAAACUGUACACCAGGAAGGAUUUUUGAUCAGAAUGAUGUUGCUGUCAAAAAGGCAUGUCGAUUUAACCUUUCUGAGCUUGGACAGUGCUCUGGAAAGGAGGACAAGACCUUUGGCUAUUCUAAAGGAACUCCGUGUGUGCUUGUGAAAGUGAACAGAAUAAUUGGAUUAAAGCCUGAAGGGGAACCACAUAUACAAUGUACAUCUAAGGAAGAAGGCAUGGUUGAGAUAAAUUAUUUUCCUCCUGGAGGCAUGAUUGAUUUAAUGUACUUUCCAUACUAUGGGAAAAGCUUGCAUGCUCACUAUUUACAGCCUCUAGUGGCUGUUCAACUAGCAAUUAACUCCAACAGUACCAAAGAAGAAAUAGCAAUUGAGUGUAAGAUCCUGGGCUCACCUAAUUUAAAAAAUGAAGAUGAUCGUGACAAGUUUCUGGGACGAAUUGCCUUCAAAGUUCAGAUGACUGAAUAGCAGGAGUAAAAAAUUCUCCACAAAGUAAACAUUGUGUUGUCUGUUUUGUAUCAGCUGGACAUGCCAUUCUAGGAUGUGAGACCACCUUGGAGAAUGUUAAGGUGGUUUAUGGCGUUCAGGGUAGCAUAAUAAUAUGCUUUCAAAUCCUAUGUUUAAAAUCCCUUAAAAUAAAUGCCUAUCCUGCUUCUGCCUGCCCCAUUGGAACAGUGUACAGACUAUAGUCAUGUCAUAGGGAUCUGUAAAUAGCUGUUUUCAAACACAUAAUAAUGGUGACCUUUGUCCUGUUCUAAAAUGUGGUUUCAUCCCCCAAGUGAGUGUCUCAAGCUUAAUGUGCUGUGCUAUGUAAAUAUUGCAUUGAUUUAACACUGGUUUAACUGUCAUAUCUCAAUGCUGACACAGUUAUAGGGAUAAACAAUAAAUGGUACCUGGUUGACAUAGUGAUUUUUUGGUAAGAGUAAACACCUCCAACGUAAACUGUGUGUAUGGGAGUGGGUGGGUGGAUGGCUGGCUGUGUGGAGAGGCCUUAAAUUGUAGACUGGGUGGCGUGGGAGAAUUUAAAUGGCGUUUAAGAGUUGGUAUGGAUUUCUGAAAGUAAGUGCUCAACUAGUACUUCCUUGUGCUUGUCACCGUGCAAGUAUUGUGUAUAUGUAAUACUUGGUAUAGAGUUUGGUAUUCUAGCUGAGGAAUUGAAUCUUUCUUCGUGUUGUUAAUUGCUUGCAAUAUGUGGAGCACAAAUAAAAUCUAUACAAUAUUUUAAAACUUUUUAGUUCAGAAAUAUCAAUAUACAAUGAUUUAAAUUGUUUAGGGUCCUGGUAACAGUUGUACAACAGAGCUGCUUGAAAGAAACGGCCUCACUAUUGUGGGAAUAGGCUUUCAUUUUCCAAUUAAAAAAUUUCCUGAAGAAACUCUGUUUAA